UCGCGAGCUACAUUCUUGUGUUUGUCGUGCGCAGCUUUGCCUUUGUACAUUCACUUAUAUAUAGAUUUUACCUCAACAUGUCUAUCAAGGCUUAUGUUUCGUUCUUUGCAAUCUCUGCGGCCGUGGCUCACGCCCAGACUUUCACCAACGGCACUGCUGGUACCUGCUGCGACACUCUGCUAGCGAACGGUCUGCAGCAUGUAUACACGCCCAACGACACCUUUUACCAGACACGCACCAGCUCAUAUUGGUCUCUGGCUGCUCAACUACACCCCAACUGUUACGUCCAGCCCACCUCAACCAGUGACGUGGUUCUCAUUGUAGAUACCCUUGUCAAGGACCCUGGGUGUGCAGGAACGCAGUUCGCUGUACGAGCAGGCGGUCACAUGCCAUGGACGAACGCGAACAAUAUUGACAACGGUGUCACUGUGGAUUUGGGUCUCAUGAACAAAACCACGUUUGAUGAGACCAGCCACGUCGCAUCUAUUCAACCGGGAUCUCGCUGGGGCGCUGUCUAUCAAUACCUAGAGCAAUUCAACUACACUGUAGCCGGUGGCCGUGCUUUUGAUGUUGGUGUUGGCGGAUUUAUCAUGGGUGGUGGCAAUACCUUUUUUGCCAACCGGUUCGGAUUUGGCGUCGACAACGUCAAGAACUUCGAAGUCGUCCUUGCUAGCGGUGAGGUGGUCAAUGCCAACCAAGAGGAAAACAACGAUCUCUUCCUUGUUCUCAAAGGAGGUGUUGGCUCGAACUACGGCAUUAUUACUCGAGUUGAUAUGUACGGCAUCGAGUCCCACCAACUCUGGGGUGGUAUCGCGAUCCAUGAUAAAUCGACUAGACCGCAACAUCUUGAAGCCCACACCUACUGGGUAGAACACGACUCAGAAUAUCCUCCAGGCAGCACUGUUAUGGCCUUUACCUAUUCUAAGGCCUUGGGCAACAUUACCGUUGUUAAUUUCUACCAAGACACUGUCGGUACUGUGGCUGCCCCUGCCUUUGAUAAAUGGCUAGCUAUUCCUCGCACGAGCGAAACUCUUAGGCUUGGCAGCCACUUCAACAUGGCUUCGGAGAUCGACAUUCCUUACGGCUAUCGACAGAUCCUAUGGACCACAACGGUUCGCAACGAUAUCCGGAUCUACAAGAGGAUUGCUGAGCUUCAUGAGCAACUGCUUGAAGAAUGGAAGGUUGAGGGCGGGGACCCCGACUUCAACCUCGAAGUCAAUAUGCAGGCGAUCGCCAGAUCCUUCACCGACAAUGGCUUGGCCCGUGGUGGCAAUAUCAUGGGUCUUGAUCGUGUGCAGGACAACGUCACUAUGGUCCUCUUUAUCUUUGCCGUCAAGACUCCCGAGCUUGAAGUACGGGCAACAGAGAAGCUUAAGCUCGUCGCAGAACAGGUUGAAGGGUUUGCUUCCAGCGUUGACGGUCUUGUUGAAUGGAAGCACUUGAACUACGCUGGCGGAUUCCAGGACCCACUUAAAAGCUACGGCGCGGAGAACCUGGAAAAGAUGAAAGCAGCCUCUGCCAAGUACGACCCCGACAGCGUCUUUCAGAUGAAGUCCACUCCUGGCUUCAAAGUCUCAAAGGCUUAG